AUGGGAGGAUGCUUCUCCAAACCCAAACCAGUUGAAGUUAAAGUGGAACUCUCUCUCCUGGAAAAAGAAAAAGAGGUGGACGGGCUGUCACCCAACGGGAAAGCGAGUCCCUUUGCUGACUGCAGACCGAACGGGGCCCUGGGACACGGCUCUGAUGACGACUCCACCCCGCUCCCCCCCUACCACAAGCCACGCGACUACGUGGAGGCCUCAGUCUGUCAUGUUAAGGAUCUGGAAAAUGGACAGAUGCGAGAGGUCGACUUGGGAACUGGCCGAGCUUUGUUGAUCAAAGAACAUGGGGAGUUCUCCGCCAUGGGACAUAAGUGUCCACACUACGGAGCGCCCCUCGUCAAAGGAGUGUUGUCGAAGGGACACGUGCGCUGUCCCUGGCACGGUGCAUGUUUCAACAUUGCAACAGGGGACAUCGAGGAGUUCCCUGGACUGGACAGCCUGCCCACCUUCCAGGUCAGAGUUGAAAAGGACAAGGUGAUCAUUCGUGCAAACAAGCAGGCUCUUCAGUCACAGAGGAGGUCGAAGCCCAUGUCUCGAUGUUCAGCAGUCAUCAACUCCAGCACUGGCUUCAGCCACGUCCUCAUCAUUGGCUCAGGUCCGGCAGGUCUGGUGUGUGCAGAGACACUGAGGCAAGAGGGCUUCACCGACCGUAUCGUCAUGUGCACCAUGGACAGACAUCCUCCCUAUGACAGGACUAAACUGAGUAAGUCUCUCGACAGCACAGCAGAGCAGCUGAGAUUGCGCUCCAUGGACUUUCUGCAGGACCACGACAUUGAACUGCUCACAGAGAAGGAGGCUGUAGCGAUUGACGUGAAAACACGAUCUGUGACAUUUGAAGACGGCCUGAGGAUGGAGUACAGGAAACUCUUUAUUGCUACAGGAAGCAAACCCAGACCAAUGAGCUUCAGAGGCAAAGACGUCAGGAACGUUUUUCACCUCAGGACGCCUGAUGAUGCUAACAGCAUAGCGAGGCUGGCCAACAACAAGAAUGCCGUGAUUGUUGGAACGUCGUUUGUCGGUAUGGAGGUGGCUGCAGCUCUAACUGACAAGGCCCACUCGGUCUCCAUCAUAGGGAUCGAGUCCGUCCCCUUUAAAAAAGCUCUCGGGGAGAAAGUAGGGAAAGCCAUAAUGAAGCUGUUCGAGGCAAACAGGGUGAAGUUCUACAUGAUGAACGAGGUGUCAGAGAUGAUUGGCCAUCAUGGACAGCUGAAAGAGGUGGUGCUGAACAGUGGAAAAGUCCUGCGGGCUGACGUGUGCGUCAUUGGAGCAGGAAGUGUUCCUGCAACGGGCUUCGUGAAACAGAGCGGCCUCAACGUCGACUCAAAGGGCUUCAUCACUGUCAACAAGAUGAUGCAGACGAAUGUUGAAGGCGUCUUUGCUGGAGGAGAUGUGGUGACGUUUCCUUUCCCGCCACGUAACAACAAGAAGGUGAACAUACCUCACUGGCAGAUGGCUCACGUACAUGGAAGAGUAGCAGCUCUCUGUAUGAUGGGCCGAGCCACUGAGAUGAAAACUGUGCCUUACUUCUGGUCCGCCAUGUUUGGGAAGACCAUACGCUAUGCAGGUUAUGGAGAUGGAUUUGAUGAUGUCAUUAUUCAAGGAGAUCUGGAUGAACUGAGAUUUGUAGCUUUCUAUACCAGGAGUGAGGAGGUGGUUGCUGUUGCCAGCAUGAACUAUGAUCCCAUUGUGUCCCGUGUGGCAGAGGUCUUAGGGUCCGGAAAGACGAUUAAGAAACGAGAUGUGGAGAUGUUAGCACGACUUGGCAAGACUGGAGACAUUUCCUGGUUGAUCGACAAAGGCUCUCAAUGAAGGGCCAAAGUCCACUGGACACCUCAAUAUGGACACUUAUGGUGCUGAGACACUGAGCAGCUAUCCCAGUCUGGACACACUCUCUCUCUCUCACACACGCUGUCGGCGUGAGGCACACUCCCCUGAGGACAACACUGAAACAUGCUUUUGUUCCUGAGAGACAUUUUAAAGUGACGUACAGAGCCAUACACGAUCUGAACACACACGGACGCUGUGUCUGCAGGUCUUCAUAUGAUCAUGUUGUCAUGCAUCACAACAAAGCAAUACUGCUCUCAGCCUCUGUGAUGCAGCAAGAUGUAUCUACCUGUACACUUUGUUUAUAAGAAGCCAGAGACAGGCAUUGGCAUUUUUGUACAAAUAACAUUGUAUAUAGCUAUAAUCCUGAAUGCACUGUAACAAAUAUAAGAGCAUACAAUUUGAACUGAAUUUUUCUAAGUUUUAAAUAACAGAUUUGGUUGUAUAUGCUCGCAUACAGACCCUAUAUCUGCAUGGUUUUACUUACUUAAACAGGAGAUGGGGGGGGGGGGACAAUAGGCCCCUUAAACCGAGAUAUCACAAUGUCGAUGCAUCAGCGAACAUAAGGUUACAUCUGCAACAAGUCAGCAGAAACCUGAAUGCAGCUUUGAGCAACUCACUAACACACACUGGCUUUACAAGAUACCUCUUCUUAUCGGUUGCCUUGCUCAUAGAUUACACAAAUGAAAUCUAAACAUAUUUUAAAUUGUACACUAGUGCUUGCACAAUAGAAUCAUGUAUUUUCCAACAGAUAUCACUCCAUUAGAAAACAAUCCAUUUGUAUUUAAAGGUUAGUUUUGAUUGCUCUCAGCUCCAGGGACUUUAUUUGUUACUAAGUCAGGGAACAGAGGUUCGAGGCCUGAGCGUUCUGGGUUUCUGAUACAUUCUCAAGCAGAAGUGAAUUUGUUACUUUCAUAUCAAUUUUCCCCCAGUUAUUGUAAUUUCACUGCUUCUUUCAUUUAUAUUCAGAAAUGCUUAUAAUGUGCCGAGGGGGUUUAAAACAGAUGCUUGAUUACAUCCUGGUGAGCUGAUGAUCCCAGAAUACUUGAGCUCCGACACUACAUUUUAAAAAGCAUCGUUCUUCCUACAGAUGAGCCUGGAAUGGCAUUUUUAUAACUAAACUUUGAAAUAAAAGUCUUC